CAUCCCUCCUCUUUUUUUAAAGUUCCGUAGUGAAGGAAAUCAAGACCGCGCGGAGGGAAAAGGGGAGAAAAGUGCUGAGAUCGGUUCAGGUUCUGACUCGGAUCCGGGGAGAAGCGUGAGGAGAAUUCCCGCUAGUGUAUUUUUGUAUUAUAUCAACCAUUUUGGUUGAAGACUAAAUACGGGUACAUCUUAUAAGCCUGCGAGCUAAAGGUUAGCAGCGGCAGGCUAACGGACAACCAAACGACAAAGGAAACACAGCCAGCAAAGCUCAGAGUUUAAUAACCGUAUAUUUCCUUUUAUAACUGUUUACCCUCUCGGGUUGGGGCCUUAUUUUUUAUUUAGCUCACUGAAGAUUAUUCCAGGCGAACAGAAGCCUGACCUGCUUGAAUAGACGACAAGAAAUAUUUUAAAAAACUUAAAAUGGCGGAGCCGGACAAAUUAAACAUCGACUCCAUAAUACAGCGCCUGUUGGAAGUUAAGGGCUCCCGGCCAGGCAAGAACGUCCAGCUGACAGAGAACGAGAUCCGUGGCCUCUGUCUCAAGUCUCGGGAAAUCUUCCUCAGCCAGCCGAUCCUGCUGGAGCUCGAGGCGCCGCUGAAGAUUUGCGGUGACGUCCACGGUCAGUACUAUGAUCUACUGCGGCUCUUUGAGUACGGAGGCUUCCCUCCAGAGAGCAACUACCUGUUUCUGGGGGAUUACGUGGACAGAGGGAAGCAGUCCCUGGAGACCAUCUGCCUCCUGCUGGCCUACAAGGUCAAAUACCCUGAAAACUUCUUCCUGCUUCGCGGCAACCACGAGUGCGCCUCCAUCAACCGCAUCUACGGCUUCUAUGAUGAGUGUAAGAGACGGUAUAACAUAAAGCUGUGGAAGACUUUCACAGACUGCUUCAACUGCUUACCCGUGGCCGCCAUCGUAGACGAGAAGAUUUUCUGUUGCCAUGGAGGUCUUUCUCCAGACCUGCAGUCUAUGGAGCAGGUGCGGCGUGUGAUGCGGCCCACAGACGUGCCGGAUCAGGGCCUGCUGUGCGACCUGCUGUGGGCUGACCCAGAUAAAGACGUGCUGGGCUGGGGCGAGAACGACCGUGGAGUCUCCUUCACUUUCGGUGCUGACGUGGUGGCCAAAUUCCUUCACAAGCACGACAUGGACCUCAUAUGCAGGGCACAUCAGGUGGUUGAGGAUGGCUACGAGUUUUUUGCUAAGAGACAGCUGGUCACCCUGUUCUCUGCUCCAAACUACUGUGGAGAGUUUGACAAUGCUGGAGCCAUGAUGAGCGUGGAUGAAACGCUCAUGUGCUCCUUCCAGAUCCUCAAGCCUGCCGAUAAGAAGCUGUAUUCGUACGGAGGAGGAGGAGGAAUGGGCUCAGGGCGUCCGGUCACUCCGCCGCGCAAUUCUGCCAAGGGUGGAAAAGCCAAGAAAUAGCACCAGCUGGACCACCCCCAUUAAUCCCACCCCCUUUUAAAAGGAAUCCUCCUCCAGUGUUUUAUCACCUAAUUUCUGCUUGCUGCGCCCGUAGCUGACGGCUGGCUUCUCUCUCCUGCUCUCGUCCACACCCGGUGUCUGUUGAUUUGAAACACACACGGACGUUUAGAAUGGAAGUCAAUGAAGCUUCUGCUCAUUGGCUGCUGUUUUAAGUGGUUUUGAGUCUAUGGUACAUUACAAUGUUACAAAUGCAGCCAGAUCGAUAUUAGCUGAAAAACACUGGAGCAGUCCUUUACCCCUCUCGCCCUCCACCCUACCCCACUCUCUACCUCCCUGCUUUUUUCCCCUUUGUCACCAAAUGGCAACAAAGCAAAACAGUACCCAGGGUUUAAAGUCCUUUCUCUCUUUUUUUUUUCUUUUUUUUUUUUUCUCUCAUUCUCAAUUGUUUUUCCUUUUCUCUUCGAUGCAGUGAGUGUGUGUAUGCGUGUAUUAAUGUGAAUGGACCGUCUGUGAGGUUUGUUAUACUGUUUCUUCUAUUUGUUUUUGUUUUUUUUAUUCUCUCCUCCUUUCUCUCCAUCUCUCUCUCUUUCUUCUACCCAUCUUUCUCCCUGCCCUCCCCACUCACUGGCCAGUCUCUCUGUCCCAGAAGAGUCAUGCUAAUGGUCAGAAGAGAGCGAGGGGCGCACCAGUGGUCCAGAGAAAGGCGUAGGUGGUGACCCUUUUCUUAGGUGUCACUUUUCUUAGGUGUCACUGUUUCAAUGCUGAAAACACACAGCUGCACAUCCUCUCUUAGGUAGUGGUCUCUGAUUGAAUAUUAUGAACUGUAACACAGAUGUGUGCGCACACACAUGCUCUUUCAUAUUUCUACACACACACAUGCCCACCCACACCCCCUAUGACUGGGAGAGUAGUUGAAAUGUGCAGGAAGAUGCUGGCAGCAUUGCGUGGAUGUGCGGUGACUGUAUAAAGAGGGAAGAGCUCGCCACAGGUGCAUCAUUUUCCAUUUAGAGAAUCUGUGAUUUGAGAAACAAUCAUGUUGAAACUGUUGGUUUUUUUUUGUUUCUUUUUUUUUUGUUUCGUUUUUUUGUUGUAGAUGGAUCACAGAAGCUUUGAAACUUUCUUGCUUAAUUUGUGUUUUUCCUUUUUUUUUUUUAGUCUCUUUUUUGAAUAUCAAUUAUCAAUAAAGAGAAUUGUUUAUUUAAACAUCCUGCACCAUCCUGCAUCAUGUGUACCUACCUACCCCUCUUUCAGCUGCCUCCGGUUGCUUCUUUCUUUUUUUCUUCUCCUUCCCACCUUCCCGUCUUUUGGCACUACUGUGUAUUUCCUUCUUGGUUUUAAAAGUUUUGCUCUUUAAUCUGUUCUGUAUUUUGGGAGGGGACUAAACAUAUCUCACUUCUAAGAUUGGCUCGUUUUUGCUGAUUGUUGAAAGAUGAAUGGAUUUACACAUGGAUUUGCCUAUUCCCGCUCUUCUUCUUCCCAUCUGAUGACCACUAUUUGGCCACAGCAUCCUUGAACUUCCUUAAAACUCAUUCCUACCUUUGCUCCACACGCUGCUUUUCACAAAAUCCGUCCAUCUGAGGGUUCCACCCCUUCUUGGGGGUCUGACUUUUUCACACUUCAUGCUUGGACUCUCACUUUCCCCUCCUUGUUUUUCCUCUUUUUUUUCUGUCACUUCUAUUCCAACCCGUUUGCUCUUCGUGCAGACUUGCCAGGCUGGAUUUAAAGUUUGACUGGGAUUACUGUGGAGUUACUGCUGUAAUUAUUUAAGGAUUUGGGAAUCCUUUGGCCAGCCUCACGGACUCCUGCCUCUGAUUCCGCCAGAUGGCGCAUUUCACCCCCGCUGACUUCACAUUUCCCACGUUUCUGCUGUUUCUCCAUUACAUCAUUCUGCUGAGGUACUGAAGACUGGCUGAGCAUCAAAUCCUGUAGUAACACUGCCUCCUGCUGGCCAUUGGUGGUGGUGCUGAGCCAGGGGUGUUGGCUUGGCACUAUUUGAUACCGUCUCCCCCACAUAAAUUCAUGUCUUGGGCAUGAUGGGUACAACUUUUGAAGCAGAGCUUUAUUUAAACAUUUUAAAAUGGUUUAAAUGGUCUGUUUUUGAAGGACUGCAUUGUCUUAUCAAUAGCAGGCUUUGUUUUUAAUGUGUGAAGUUAUCAGGUCAAAGGAGAGCCAUGAUCUUUCACUAAUGAUUUUUUCCCUCAUUGACCUCCACUUUUAGACAGCUGUUUUAAGUCAUGCUUAAGCAAAAUGCUGAAACGUGUGUUCUAUGUGUGUGUGUUAAAAAUGUGCCGGUGGAAAAUGGAAACAGGGCUUAAAAGGGCAAUACAUACAUGCAUACUCUCUCUCUCCCCAUGUGUUGAUUUUAAUAUUAAACCAUGUAGCACAGCCACAAUCAUCAGCCAUGUUAAAUUCAGGCGAGAUAAGUGAAUGAUAUUGUUUGUUUGAGAUCAUUAAGCUGGUUUGGACACUCUUUUAGCUGUAGCCUCACUACCAAAGCCUCAGCUUGUAGUUAGUAAAAAUCACCAGGUCAUUUAGGUUAAGAUGUUGAGCUACGUUAACUUUUAAUGCAAAUUGCUGAACACAAAUGAAUUGGUUGAGUGUGUUGGCAGUAGUUCACACUUUUUUUUUUUUUUUAUUAAUUAUUAUUGAAGGAGCACUUUAUCAGGUUCGUCUCGAAAAAAAAAAAAAAAAAAUAUGGUCAUAAAAAUUGCCAAAAAGUCAAGGAAAAGCCAUGGAAAUGUAUUGGUUAAAACUGUAUAAACCCCAUUUAUGCUAGCUAAACAUGGCUAGGCUCGGUAGUAUCUUUCUAUCUGUCCUCAAACAUUUCAUUGUAUUUAGGAGAUACUUACUCCUAAAGGUGAGUCGCACUGGCUUACUGACUGACCACAAUCCUAACCUUAGUUAACAGUUUUAUUCACCUAAUUUUACCAAUAUACACCUCCCCAUGUUAGUUAGUUAGCUAGUUUACGUCGCUAGGUAGCUUAGCUUCUUUGCUAUCAAGCUGAGGCUUUGUUUGUAGGCUGUGUAGCUCUGUCCACGAUGAGGGGCUGUAUUUUGUUGUGGUUAGUUCAGAACCUCAUAACUAAUACGAAACCUUUGGAAGGAUAUAAGUAAGUUUUUCUUUGAAGGUGGAACUUGGUUCAUAAUAAAUGUUUGUUAAAAGCCUGCUUUAACCCUCUAUACCAUGAUGUUGCACUAAGGCAACAAACCACUGUUUUGGUAAUUACACAAUCCUCUUUCAUUUUUAAUGUUAUGUUUAAAUAUAUAAUGUCACAAGACAAGCCUCCAUGAAAGAAAAUGAGAGAGAAGAAUUUGGUUUAACAUUCGACCUGGAGGUUGAGUAAUGAUUUUAGCAACCAAAGCCACAUAGAACGAAAUAUCAGUAAUUGAUUAGAUAAAUAUAGUAUAACAUGUUUUACAUUUAAUAACCUUGAAGAUACAAUACUGAAACAUGUACAUGUGCAUCAAUAUGUAUUGAAUUAUUUUGAGGUUUUAAAUUACAUUUUAAUUUUAAUUGACCUAUUUAAACAGUGUUUUUGAUUUGCUGUCUUUUUACAUCUUUUUAAGCAUUGCUUGUUUUCCUUCCAAAUAAAAUAAAUAUCAUGCUACAGAGGGUUAAUAGAGUAGAAGAUCCCUAUGUAUAUCAAAUAUUCUUAAUUAUUCUGGGAAACUUAGUUUCUUUCAUUGUCUAGAGAAUUAAUCUAAAGAAAUUAUUAAAUAAAAAAUUGUCUCCACAUAUUUAUCCUUUAAGAUAAUAAUUAACUAUGACUACAAUAUAAUCAAUUUAAGAGGGGGAAAAUCUCAGAUGUGUUUACAGGCAGAGUUGGGUUGUAUCUAUAUAUAAUAAUAGAUUUAAUUAUUACAGAAGACUCAUUUCUCCACCAUGUCCUAUUGAGAGGGGUCCGUACACAUACACUUACACACGCUACAAACAAAAAAAUCAAAUUAUACAAAACACAUAAAAAAACAUGCCAGUUUUUUUUUUUUUUUCGUUAUACAUUUUAACAAUUUUAGACCAUAUUUCUUCUUCCAGAGUUACGCUUUUUAUAGGCCAGGUUUAGUUUCAGCAGCUACAGUUUGUGUGGAGUGUGUGAAAUUCAGACGGGGGUGCUUUAAUCAUGUUGAGGAUCAUAAUUGUUGUCUGAUGGCCAUUGCAUUCAAAAGGCAAUAGUCAAGUUUUUAUAGCCUCCCCCCCCCCCCCCACCCAGUUCCACUGAAUCCUCCUUUUUCUGUUCCCAUCUCAUUCGCUGUGCUCACUUGGGUGGGGGUGUGGUUUGAAUGGAAUUCCAUGUGAUGUGUGCGAUGGGAGUGGGGUUAAUAUAUGGACCUUUUUAAACAUUUUAAUACCCAAAUCUUUGGGACCGAAUAAAUACAUGUUAUACAGUCAGAUCUUUGGGCUGUCGGAUAAGAGGCCCUCUAUCCAUCUGUCAUCUUCUUCCCAGUGAUUGUGCACAUUUCUAACUAUUUAAACUACAGCAUCACUGAUAGGAAAGAUUUACUAUUAUUAUUAUUAUUAUUAUUAUUAUGAUUAUUAUUGAUUAUUAUUAUUAUCAGUUUUAUUUCUGAUCUGUUGUUUUUACCUGAUGGACAGCAGUGAGGUGAUUUAGAUAAUGUAUGUAUUUUGUUUUAUCUUUGAUGACCAAUCAGGGAUGUUCUUUUCCUCCAUGCACUGAUGCUGGGUGACCUAUAAUCAUUUUAACUGUAAGAUUUUGAAGAAGCGAGUCGGCUGUUUUGAGUGGGAGGAAAAUUUAAAAGUAAGAAGUAAACUGUUUUUUUAUGUCAUUUUGUUUUUUUUUUUUUUUUCCGAAUUAUCACAGAUCUUCGUCUUUCUGUUACCAGGUAGAAAAUAAAAAUAGCGUAUUUGUA